AAACUUGAACCCCAUUUGGAACAUAUUAUAUUGAAGGUAUUAAAGUGUGCUGUGGAUCUUAAUAUGAAUUAUUCAAAUCAUACCCAAAAGUUUUGGUGGGAAAUAUAUUCAUUAUCAAAACCAUUCAAUUUAACUCAAUUAUUAGUAAAGCUAAAAGAACAUUGGAGUAUAAUAGCACCUCAUCAAUCACAUAAAGCCCCUAAAAAACAAUUGGAUUAUAUGGAAUAUUUUUUUAAUGAUCUUAAACAAAUCUCACCUGAAAUUAGCCUUAGUUGGAUUGAGUUAUACAAUUUUCUCAAUUAUUGUACAGAAACUAUAGUUGCUUUACCUUAUGAAUAUUAUCAUAUUACUGAUGUACUUUUAAACGAUCUAAUGAAAGCUAGAAAAAUUUUAAAACAGAAACUAGAUUGUACUACACUUUGUGAUAAGUCAUUUUAUUCAUUAAACGAUUUAAGUAUUUCAAAUGAUGAUGCUCUUAAUAUUGAUGAAAUUUUGUACAAUAUUUCAAAAAGAGUUGAUACCUUUUGCUCAAAUGUUUACAAUGCUAAUGGUUUUAAACGUGACUGCUUUGAAAAUGAAAAAAAAUGUGAUAUAGUUAUUCGAACAAUAAAUGUUGAUGAUACAUUUAAAAGCUAUUGUUGUAAAUUAUCAAAUAUUGUCAAAAUCAUGUUAAAAAUAAAAUUAUUAAAAACUGAACAAAUAUUGGAAUCUCACAUAAUUAUUGAUGAAUUUUUUAAAUCAAUUACUGCAUUUGAUAAUGUAUAUGUUAACUUGACUAAAGAAAAUGUUCUUGAUUAUUGUUUGCGGAAAAAUAGAAAUUCAUUUUUUCAAUUAUUGAUAUCCUUUCAAAACAAUCUGGCAGCCAUAAAAAACUUGAUUACCACCAUUAAGUCAUAA